AUGGCCCUCUUCAGUGGUAUCGCGGCCGCUAUAGGCACGGCCAGCGAUGCUGUCAUGGAAUGUGAGCUUGCUCCAUCAGCUCGUUGUACGCGUCGAGCUUUCCACUCAGUGACACUCACGACUCACGACUCACGACUGACACGAAACGCGAUGCAGGGACGCCUCUCGUUCUGCUUUCUCUGUUCCUAGUAUCUUCGUGAGUAAUCUUGGGGAUAAAUUGAGAUUCCCGUGUUCAUGGCCCUUUUCCAUGUGAUCUCUCGGCGUUCGACAGCAUGCUCCUCUACAUUGCACUUCCCCCUCGUUGGAACGAAGGAUUGUUUUGGGCAUACACGGUGCUGCAGACUUUUGUGUCGCUGUCCGUCACCGUGGAAGCGGUGCACUCCAUCAGACCUGCCAUACUUGCGCGUCGUGCCAGACGCAAGGCGGAGAAGGAAGGCUUUACUGAUCUGGCCCGGGAGAAGGAUUGUCCGUUUGUGAGUGAUGGGCUGGGAGGGAGGGGAUUUGAAUUUUGUUGUCAAGUUCGAUCUCAAGUGUCUCCUCCUGCGGUGUAGUUCGACAUUGUGGUCGUAGCCUACCUGCCGAACGAGGUGAAGGUUUCGUGAGCCAGGCCUUGUUGAGGCGGAGCUGACGGACACAUCCGUUGCAGGCCGACAUCAUCUUAAAGCAGGUGCGGUGCCGGACUUUGACACCUUGCGUGAGCGCCAUGCUGAUGUCGAUCGUGCACCUUCCAGAUGCGCUACAUCAUCCGAGAGCUUCGCUAUCCCGCGUCUCGGUUCAAUCUCAUGGUGGUCUACAAUACACCAAAGCCCAUGGAAGCCCUGGAAGCGGAAAUGCAAGCUCUCGCGGGACGUUACGAUAAUGUCCAAGUGCACAAGGUCUUGGGCAGCAAGAGCAAGUGCGAUGUGAGUGCGUCCCCUUUGACCUUGUCCGCUCGCCGCUCCGCGUUGAGAGACUUGAUAAGCUGUGCAGAACGUCAAUUACUACUUGAAGAAUGUGUCAAGCAUAGCGGACAUCGUCGCCAUUUUGUGAGCACGGGAUCAUUGCUAGUAACUCAGCGCAACCCUGUGUGAAAUCUGAUGGGCCCUUCUCGACUCCUCUUGCAGCGAUGCUGAUCACUGUCCAGAAGGUUGCGCGCUUCAUUGGGCGGCAAGGCGCUUCAAGACUGGAGACAUCGACGUAGUUCAAGGAAAGUCGAGAGAGAGAGCGUGAGCGUGAGCAUUCAUGCGGCAACUGCGCUGACGAGUACCCCCCUGUCUAUAGGCCGUUGCUGCAUCUACAACUUCGACGAGACCUGGCUCACGCGCUGUGAGAGACACGUGGUCAGACUUGGGAUGCGGGUCAAUGUGGAUGCUGAAUGUUGGCUUGUUUGACCGUAGUGGUUGCAGCCGAGUUCGACGCCAUCUAUGGAUGUUUUCACCUUGGGCGCGCAGCUGGUGAGUUCCACGCCACCCCCCCUUUCCAUUUUGUUUUGCUGCUUGUAGAUGACCGAAAGAUGGAUUCAAAACUUGCUCAGCGCACGGUUUCGGCUUGUGAGUGCACGAUCGCAUCUCUUUCGAGGUCAUGCUUCCCGCAUCUUAAAUGGGAUGGCUCGGAUGUAAUCAGGUUCGGCGGGUCGAACGGCUACUGGAACGCAUCACUUCUGCGGUCCCUAGGCAUGGACGGUCGUAUGCUGGUGCGUGUCAUGGUGAUCCAACGACCGAGCGCAAAGUGCUGACGACCCGCUCGCCCUCCAGACCGAGGACAUCGAUGCAACCAUGCGAGCCAUCACUAGCGGCGCGAGAGUCGCCUACGACAUCAAGAUCGUCUCCUUCGAGACCGCUCCGUGAGUGCGACUUGGGUUUCUCUAGCUCGUGCUUCGCCCCAUCUUUACCCAUGUGUGAUCCGCGCCACUCUUCAGAACGACUUUCAAGGCGUUGCUCAAACAGAGACUCCGCUGGUCACAAGGGUGGACGCAAGUGCAUACCAAGCUUGACCUGAUGUUAGCACGAUUGCACGCUUUGAUCCACCUAGCCCCCACUUCAGGUAGCUCUGCGUCACUCCUUGACGGCGAUCAAGAGAGGUGCGCAUGGUGCAAAGCUCCGCAGCCGGCUUGGAAUGUGGUUCCUCCUCCCCUUUCGCGAAAUGUACUUUUGUAAGUGACUCGGCCUAUGUGUCGAGGGAUUCGAAUGUGAAAGGUGUCGCUGAUUUCGACUUGGUCUGAUUGCAGAUCUGCCGAUUCAGCUUGUGAGUGAGCAAGCAGAGAUCAGAGUGGUGCGGCAAUUGCUCAGCAUGUUUGUUUGCAGACUUGCUUGCUGUUGGCAUACGUGAUUCUCAAUCCGCCUCGCACCUUCGCGGACUUCUGGUACGGUCUGUAAGUCAUGCCAAGGCCUUUGUCCCGCUUCAUUCUCUUGCUUUCAGCUCACGCCCCCCUCUCGCUUGCGCGUGCAGGACCGGAUAUCACGUCACCAACUGGUUGCUGGCUUUCAAUAUAAUCAGGUGAGGGGGGCAACAAGUCAUUCUGGACGCUUGUCGAGCACCGUGUGUGCUGAAAAAGGCUCGGACUUGGCCCUGUUUCAGUCUUGCCACUGUGUCCAUGAUCAACCUGCGCAACCGAUCUCCCUUCACAAGGCCUUGGGCAAUCAUUCUCUUCGGCAUUUGCUGUCCACUUUGGUUUACCAUGUCGAGCAUUGGAGCCGUCUUUGCUCACUUCCGCCAAGUCGCCAAAUACGAGAAGGUGAGUGCGGGUGCGUGCACUGCAAAGUAGUAUGGUCAGCUGAGUCCUGACCUUGCAACAUUAUCGCUGCCAAAGUGGAACCCCACUGCCCGCGGAGCGCCAAAGCCCAAAGUAGUCAUCGCCACUCCUCGCGUCGACGCAGAGUAG